AUGGUGACUUUCUGGGGGUAUGAGACCAGAGCAGAUCUUCUAUUGCUCGAUAUGAUUAACUUUGAGGUUAUCCUUGGCAUGGACUGGUUAUCUCUGCAUCAUGACAUUCUACAUUGCCAUACCAAGACUGUUACAUUGGCGACGCCAGAGUUGCCUAGACUGGAGUGGAAAGGUUCAUCUAGUAUUGCAUCCAGACAGGUUAUUUCUUUCCUGAAGGCUCAACAUAUGGUUGAAAAGGGUUGUUUAGCCUAUAUGGCCUUUGUUCAAGAUACUGUUGUGGAGAUUCCCAUAUUAGAUUCAGUGCCUGUGGCAAGGGAGUUUUCCGAUGUAUUUCCUACCGACUUACAAGGCAUGCCACUAGAUCUUGAUUUCUACUUCGCCAUUGAUUUGGCGCCAGGCACCCAAACUAUCUCUAUUCCGCCAUAUUAUAUGGCUCUUAUGGAGUUAAGAGAGCUGAACGAGCAUGUUGUAUCAGGUAAGGGUAUGAAGGUGGAUCCCAGGAAGAUCAAUGUAGUUCAGAGUUGGCCUCGUCCUACCACAACGACUGAGACCAGGAGUUUCUUGGGGCUAUUAGGGUAUUAUCGUCAGUUUGUGGAUGGCUUCUCAUCUAUUACAGCUCAAUUGACUAGACUAACCCAGAAGGGUGUUCAAUUCAGGUUGUCCGAUGAUCAUGAGGCGAGCUAUCAGAAGCUCAAGACCGCAUUAACUACAACACUGAGGAAUUAUCUUUAUGGAGUGUCGAGUGAGGUCUACACCAACAACCGUAGUUUGCAGCAUCUGUUAAAGCAUAAGGAUCUUAAUCUAAGGCAGAACAUGUGGCUUGUGUUACUGAAGGAUUAUGAUAUCACCAUUCUUUAUCAUUCGGGCAAGACGAAUAUGGUCACGGAUGCGUUGAGCAGAAAGGCCGAGAGUAUGGGUAGUUUGGUAUUCUAUCUAGCAGAGGAGAAGCUAUUUGCUUUGGACAUUUAUUCCUUAGCUAAACGACUUGUGAGGUUGGAUAUUUCAAAGCCCAGUCACAUUGUGUUGUGGCUCAGUCUUCUUUGUUUGAGAAGAUUAAGGCUCUUUGACCCAAACAAGGCUAGGUUUUAUGGUACAGAUUUGGUAAAGGAUGCCUUGGAUAAGAUAAAGUUGAUUCAGGGGCGUCUUUGCAUAGCUCAGUCCAGGAAAAAGAGUUACGUGAAUCAGAAAACAUGGGAUUUGUCAUUUAUGGUGGGAGAUAAGUACCAUGCCGACAUGUCCUAUGUGUUUGAUUAUAGCACAUCUCAGAUGGAUGAGGGCCUAAGUUACGAGGAGGAGCCAGUUGCCAUUGUGGAUAGGCAGGUUCACAAGUUGAGGUCUAAGGAGAUUUCAACUGUGAAGAUCUAG